AUGCCCCAUUCUAAGCCCUCUCUCGGCUCCUCAAUUCAGCCAGCGAAGAAAAAUGACGCAUCUGAGGUUGACACUAUCAACGCGGAUUCGACUGGAAAGUCUGCCACAAAACUUCACAAGCGUUCAAGGUCCGGGUGUUUCACUUGCCGGCUACGACGAAAGAAGUGCGACGAGGGCCAUCCUUCAUGCAAGGCGUGCACCAACCUCAGUCUAAAGUGCGAAUACAAGCGACCGAUGUGGUGGGCGAGCGCAGAACAGCGUCGACUUCAAAAAGAGCGCGUUAAAAACAAGAUAAAGCAAACCAAAAUAGUCGAGCGACGGGGUUCAAAUCAAGACCAAAUGGAACGCACACUUGGACCUUCCGCUGGAUCGCCCCCGCUUGUGAUGGCUGGAGAUUACGAAUUCAACCGCCCGACUUUUACCGAAGCCUAUGACCCUUUUGCCUCUCAUGUUCAGACUCCUGCAUUUCCUCCUAGCUCCUACCCGCCCCAGUAUGCGCCUUACGAAGUUGACGUUCGAACCGAGCGACAGACAUUUGUCAAUGAUGUUCCCUUCCGACAUGACUCCUCUGUCUCCACAUUCAGUGCGAUGGGACCCCCACAGCUACACACAACUCUUCCCAACUUCCAUGGAGACGACUGGUUACAAGAAGAAUGCUUUAAUCAGGCCGGUCCAUACGGCAGCCUCGAUCCUACUCUUCCGCAACAAGCAAAUGGAACAGCGAUAACAUAUCUCCAAUCCGCAAAUAUUCCGGUGGAGGAGCACGACCGGCCAUUUUUGGACCACUUCAUCGAAAAUGUCCUGCGCAUGAUAUUUCCCAUUUCCGAGGUCCACCAACAAGGUCUUGCUCGCGCAAAGGCAAUUUUAACAUCACUCGAAACAAACAGAUCCUAUCUCCACUGUUGUUUGAGCGUCGCCGCCAUUCAUCUGAAAACAACUGUCGGCCUUACUGCUGAGCAAAUUGAUCAUGACAUUAUGCGGCAUCGGUAUGAGGCUAUCUCUCAGUUAUGCCAGGCUCUCAAUAGCGAUACCGACCAUGAAAAAAUUUUGGAUUCGACUUUGGCAAUGAUAUUUUUCCACUGCUCGGUUGGCGCACCUGAUGAUUGCCUGCCAGAUAUUCCUUGGAGCGAUCAUUUCCAAGCAGUAUCAAAUCUAGUUAAUAAGCUAGAAUUGCCAAAUUCAGUAGCACUCCCGGCCACAAAACCUUCGGCUACUAUCAGCCCUUUCAGCAUGUCCCUCACAACCUGGAUCGACAUUCUCGGAGCCACGAUGCUGGGCAAAACUCCGCAGUUUGCGCACACGUACCGGACCAAGCAUCUGAGUGGAACAGCCUCUGGCCUGCGAGAGUUAAUGGGAUGUGAUGAUCGUAUCAUGUACCUCAUCUCAGAGAUUGCCUGCUUGGAUUCUCUGAAGACGGAAGGUCGUAUUGAUGACUUGUCUGUCUGCCACCACGUUUCCGCCCUUGGUGCUCAACUGGAAUACACCGAGUCUGCCAAUCAAAUUUUGGAGCAUCCUUAUACCUGCACAGGAACGCUUCGACCAGAUCAGCUAACAAAUACCAUGAGCACUAUCUUCCGCUUUGCCGCCCGCCUCUAUCUAUGCAGCCUCGUUCCAGGCUUUGAUCGCAAUCAACCCAGCAUCGUCAAUCUCGUCUCAUCCAUCACCAACGCUCUUCAAUUUAUACCUGCAGGGCCUUAUGGUUUUGAUCGCUCCUUAGUCUGGCCAUUGCUUAUGGCUGGUACUUUCUCUGCGCCGAAUAGCGAGUUUCGCACAGUUCUCGCAGAACGAGCUGCUGCGCUUGGGGAAAUUGGCGACUUUGGCAGUUUUGGCCGAAUGUAUCGCCUGGUCCAAGAGGCUUGGCGACUGUCAGAUGAGACAAUAUCGCCACCAAGCGAUGCUGAGCAGUCGCAAGAUGGACAAUUUGGCCUUAAACAAGAAAUUCCAUCGCCUCCCAGCUCUAGUCACACAAGAACGCGGUCAAUCAAAAAGCAAAAUGUCCAUUGGCGCGACAUUAUGCAGCGAAAUGACUGGCGCUAUUUGUUGAUUUGA